UGAAGAACCUGGCAUAUAGUGAACAUGCCGGCCGGUGGAGGUAAAGCAAAAGUUCCCUAAAAUUUUGAGAAAUUUGAAAGAAAAUGUGGAGAACUCUUCGCAAAGUCUUUUGGAACCGAUCUGGAAAUCCAGCAAACCUUCGUCUUGGACAAGUACAGGUCGCCGAGAAGAAUGAUGAAGUGAAUCCACUUCCAUUGAGUCUUGAAAAAGAACGAAUACCUCGACAUGGAAAAGCUCUGCUCCAAGAACACGACCUCGCACAGCUCGAGGAAGGUUUCAACCUUGUACGAAGCAUUCUCAUUCGUGCCAGGAGAGAAGAAAAGAGAAAAAUAGCGAGGCUUAUGUUUUUUGUUGGCGAAGAGAAAGAAGAAGAACAAGCUGGUUGUGGAACAAUUAUUGAUGAAAUUAAAUUGUGGUUUACAGGUGUCCUGGCACUGACUAGUAUAUUGAGCUGUCGACAUUUUAUUUUUGAUGAAGACCACAAGAUAGACAUCAGAAGGAUUCCCCAGGCAUUAUACUAUUUAACCAUUCACAACCCAAGGUCUGCUUUGGCUGUUCUACCAGUGGUACAUAGUGAUCAAGCAUCUUUAGAAGAUUCAAACAGCAAAAGCCUGUCAUUAAAUGAAGCUGCAUCAUCUUUUCAAACAACCUCUGAUGAAUGCACAGCACAAUGCCAGAAUAAACUAGGUGUCAAGUAUGCUGCAAGACGACAAUACCAAGAGGCAUUUGCACUGUUUCAGCAAGCUAGUGUACAUGGACAUUCCCUUGCACAGUUUAACCUUGGUUUGUGCUAUGAGAAUGGCAAAGGAAUAGACAGAGACCUUGAAAAAGCUGCUGAGUGCUACAAAAAGGCAGCAGCUCUUAACCACAGUGGGGCUCUUUAUAACCUUGCUCUGUUUCACAUGGACGGCAUUGGCACAUUACCCAAAGAUCAAACCAGAGCAUUGGAGCUAUUAGAACUUGCAGCAAAAGCUGGCAUGAAGAAAGCACAGUCCUAUUUAGGUAUUUACUAUGCAAAUGAAUCAUCCAAACAUGUUGACUAUGCAAAAGCUGUGUCCUACCUGGAAAAGGCUGCACAUAAGAAAGAUGCUGCAGCAGAAUAUCAUUUAGGAAUCUGCUACGAACGUGGUCUUGGGGUCGAACGAGAUCUCAAAAAAGCUGGUCAGUUGUACGAAUCUGCAGCAAAUCACGGCAGUGUUUCAGCUCAACAUAACCUUGGUGUGUUCUACCAGCAUGGCUUGGGAGGUCUUCCAGUUGAUCAUAAAGAAGCACUAAGAUAUUACAGAAUGGCGGCAGAGGCUGGUGAUGAAGAUGCUCAUCAUAACUGUCUACAGCUCAUGGAAGAGACAUCUUCAGAGAAAAGAGUGAACAGCUUGGUACCAUUUGUUGGGAAUGAUAUCUUAUUAGCUUUUUUUCAACAAAUGACAUUCAAGCAAAAUAAUGAAGGAAUUUUACGUUGUUCUUCUAGUCCUGAACUGAUAGAUCAACAAGUGAAUUCACAAGACAUUCAACCAAAAAAACAUGACUCUGGAAGACAUUUAGUUGCAUUUUGAUGUUUUCAUAUACCGUUUACUGUAGUAAAAACUCCAGUCCCACAGACAUAAGGUUUUUUAUUGUCAAAUGUUUGUCAAUUUAUCUAUCUUAAUGAGUUAAAAGUAGUUUGAUUGAAAGAUUUAUGGAGUCCCUGCCUAGCUCAACUCGUCACAUAGUGUUACAUUUAUAUAAAAAAGGUUUAAAAACAUAAAAAUUGAACUAAUUUAUUAAAAUCAUGAAUAUUUUUAUUAUAUUUGUAAAUAGGUUCUGUAACAUUUUGAACAGAAAUAAAAUUAAUUUGAAUUUACAA